AUGACGGGCGGUUAUGGGGCUGACGAUAAGUGGGACGACUCCGAACUUUUGAACGACUGGAAUCAAGCACUCGAGGAAUACAAGAAAUACCACAGCUUAGCCGUAAAAGGAGAGAAGGUCGAUGCAGCGGACAUCGUGAAACAACAAGAACCAGCUGCAGAGACUACGAAUGACGAUCAAAAUUUGGACGCUCCAUCAGUGCCGCAGUAUGCAGGAUCAACACCGUUGAAUUUCACCGCUGGACCUGGUGGCGAUUCGAACGCAGCGGAGAACGUUCAUUCACAGUCGUCAUCAGGUGCGUUUCCAGCACCACCUGGUAUCCCGACUAUUCCACAAGCAUUGCUCGGCUCAUCGCAAGAUGAAAACAUGAAGAAUAUCAUGAUGUCGUGGUACUACGCUGGGUACUACACGGGUCUCUAUGACGGACAGCAGAAGGCAUAUGCAAGCAUGCAAGAAGGCAAAUGA